AUGCAAGGUAAACAAGAGUUGAGUACUGGAAUUUAUGAUGCAGAAAAUGCUAAGAAAGAGCUUGCACGUGCAAUUAUUUUGCAUGAAUAUCCGCUUUCAAUAGUGGAUCAUAUUCGUUUUAGAAGAUACUCAGCUUCUCUCCAACCAUUAUUUCAAGUUCCUUGUAGAAAUAGUAUAAAAAAGGAGAUACUCAAAGUUUACAAUUUGGAGAGAUCAUUAACUUUGAAGUUGUUAGAAAAUCUUGAAGGAAGAGCGAUCAUUACUUCUGACCUUUGGACCUCGAGCAAUCAAAAAAAGAUAUAUAUGACUGUCACUGCUCGUUACAUUGAUGGAAACUGGAAUUUACAGAGUCACAUUUUGAGGUUUAUUUAUGUUCAUGCACCUCAUACUAGUGAAAAACUUUGUGGAACAUUAGUUGAAUGUUUGAUGGAUUGGAACAUUGAUACAAAAUUGUCUACUAUCACUUUGGACAAUUGUAGCAAAAAUGAUGCGAUGAUUGAAAAAAUUAAGGCUAAGUUGAAACUUCGAGAUAGUGUUGCAUUUUGGACUGCAACACCUAAAAGAAAAGGAGAUAGUGUCUCCAUCUUUCAAGGCUAG